AUGCAAUCAAACGAUUCAAGUUUGAGAAGAGUAGUUUUGAGUUCUUUAGCGGCUGAAGAGCCAUAGAAGAUUAAAAAAUAUAAUUAAAAUUAGCUCUAUUUUCAGAUCGGCCAACGAAUCUUGGUCUAAAGACAGUUUUGUCAUAAUUCUUAAGGUUUGACCUUCACCAAUAGUAAUAUUUUCACUUCAAAAUUCAUUAGACAUGAAUAUUAUGGAAUCAAAAUAGUUUAAGGAUCUAAAUUAGAGGAUUUUGAAAUAGUAUGUAAAUUUGGAUAUGGGAAUUAUGGUUGUGUAGAAAAGUAUUUCACAAACCUACUUAAGAUUAUUAUGCUUUGAAAGUAUAUUUGUAAUGAAUUGAACAACAUAAAUACAUUAUGUGAGUAAUAUUGUAUAAGCAGCCACUUUUGAAGAAAGAAUUAAAGGUUCUAUUUGAUUGUAAUUCAUUAUAUGUUGCUUAAUGUUAUAGUGCAUAUUAUUCUAAAGGGGAAAUCUAUAUUGUUAUGGAAUAUGUGGCUUUGAAGAUAAUUUUAGAAAAAAACUAAAAUAAUAUCAGAAUCUAUUACUAUUUUGAUAAUCAAAGAAGUUCUUUCAGGCGUCGAUUUAUUUGUAUAAAUGUUUUGUAGAAUUUAAAAACAAUAGGGGAUUUUAGGAUUUGUUUUUUAGUGAGAAUUCAGAUUGCAAAUUUGAUACAUUCAUUGGUAUCAUAUAAUUAUUAAUGAAUAGAUAUAUACAAUACAAUUUAUUAAUUGUCUCCUGAAAGAUUCACCGAAGAAGAAUAUGAAUAUGAUUGAGAUAUUUGGAGUAUAGAAAUGA